AUGGCUCAAACAUUUGCAGAAGAUCAAUAUGGAAAGAAAGUUGAUCAUUGCUUAUCGGACACCCUCCUCAAAUUUGGUGGUGGAUUGGUUCUGGGUAGUGUCUUCUCGCUAUUAUUUUUCAAACGUCGCGCCUGGCCAAUCAUUAUAGGAUCUGGAUUCGGUAUCGGUGUGGCAUAUAACAACUGUGAACGUUCCUUGAAUGCAGGCAAAUAA